GUAAUGACAGAAUACCCGUUAGGAAACGGGUGUAACAAGAAGUCACUAAAAUUCUCCUCGGAAAAUGUAGCUGUUGUUUUUGGUCGCUCAGACGUCGUUGGGUAAAAAUUAUUUGGAGCAGCACAAAUGAUCCGGUUUAGUUCAGUGAAUACAACCAAACACUGUUUUUUUCGUCUCGUUUGAGGUAACAUGGCUCUCCAUAUAGACACAGACAACAACACUACUACCAUCCAAUCAAGUCGCACUCUGUCUCCGCCGCGGAAAUAAACGACCAAUCAGCUGUCUGUCUGGGUCCUCUGUGGAAACGAACAGCCAUUCAUUGCGCUGUCUGGACUUCACGGAGAGAGCGUCUGACCAAUUAGCUGGCUGUCUGGAUGCACCGAAAGGGUGAGUGUCUAUCGAGGCCCAAUCAGCUUCUCAGUGCUGCCUGCCGGUGCCGGGGACUGGUGGUGAGGGGCUGCUGCAACGCGUCAGGACCGGACCGUGAACCCGGAGACGCUACACACUGAGGCGAAAGGAGAUACAGGAUGGAGCAGAUGUCUGAGGAGGCGCUGAGGCUGAACCUACUUAAGCGAGGCCUUGAGUCAACCAGUGAGCGAGAAGAGGCGUUGGCCAAGCGCCUCAAAAUGGAAGGUCACGAGGCCAUGGAGCGCCUGAAGAUGCUGGCACUUCUUAAACGCAAGGACUUAGCUGACCUAGCAGCCCUAGAUGUUGCAGGGAGCUUGGGAGAUGGAAAAGGCCCUGGAGCCAGCAGCCUCCAUCAUCAGAGCCUAAUGGGUGCUGCUUAUGAGGAGAAGUUAAAUGGGAGUCUGAGGCUGGGAAGCCACAGUAGCCCCGUUGGACCAAGUAAGAAUGGAAAGGAGAACAUCCUGGAUGAGCCAGUCGACAUGAGCGCUGGGAGGAGGUGUGAUGCUGAUCAUGACAGACGAACUCCGUCACCGGAUGUCAUCAUCCUGUCAGACAACGAGGCUUCCAGUCCCAGAACGACACCUCGGCCCGAGGAGCGUGUGCACAAGGCUAACCUGGACAUGUUCAAGGGGAAAACAGGAGAGGAGAGGCAGCAGAUGAUCAAAGCUCUAAGAGAAGAGCUUCGUCUGGAGGAGGCUCGUCUCGUGCUGCUGAAGAAGCUCAGGCAGAGUCAAAUGCAGAAGGAGAAUGUGGUCCAGAAGGUCCCAGUGGUCCAGAAUGCUGCGUCAUCUGUGCAGCCUCCUCCCAUCCACAGCUCUCCUGUCCUGGGGAAGCUACCUGUGAGGCCAGGUCUACACAACCCUGAGCCCCAGAACCUCCGCACUGCACAGGGUCACACAGUCAUCCGGUCAGCAGCUAAUGCAAACUUGCCCCCCAUAUUGAUGUCUCAGCGAGUGAUAGCACCCAACCCUGCCCAGCUGCAGGGCCAGAGGGUCACGUCCAAACCUGGGAUGUCUCGUUCCAGUUCCAACAGCAUGGCUAAUGCUGUCAGCUACCAGCAGGCCAGUCAGGUGGCAGCUUCCCAGCGCUCAGGCUCCAGUGCCAUGUACAUGAACCUGGCCCACAUGCAAGCAGCAGCAGCUGGGGCCGGCGGUCUGGGCGGAGCUUCGGCCGUCAGCCCGUCCACCAUGUCUGGUUCAGCCAGCGGAGCGGUGAGCUCCAUGGCAGACCAGGCGAGCAGUCAGGCAGCAGCCAAGCUGGCCCUAAGGAAGCAGCUGGAGAAAACCUUAUUGGAGAUCCCUCCACCCAAACCCCCAGCCCCUCUCCUGCACUUCCUGCCCUCUGCUGCCAACAGUGAGUUCAUCUACAUGGUGGGCCUCGAGGAGGUGGUGCAGAGUGUGCUCGACAGUCAGGGUAAACUCAGAGGGACGCUCGCCCGUCUGGAGCCUUUCUUCUGCGCCCAGUGCAGAACUGACUUCACCCCCCACUGGAAGCAGGAGAAGAGUGGGAGAAUCCUCUGCGAGCAGUGCAUGACAUCCAAUCAGAAAAAGGCUUUGAAGGCAGAGCAUACCAACAGGCUGAAGAAUGCCUUUGUGAAGGCCUUACAACAGGAGCAGGAGAUUGAACAGAGGCUGCAGCAGCAGGCUGCUCUCUCUCCCAGCUCAGUCCCUACCAACGCCUCCAAGUCUGACACCAUGAUCCGACAUCAUGCCCUCCGCCAGGCUCCCCAGCCUCAGGCCUCCCUGCAGCAAGGGCUGUCGAACUCGGCACGAGGGGUCCUGUCCAACUUUGCCCAGGCCUCCCAGCUCUCUGUGGCCAGCAGCCUCAUGGGCAUGACCAGUGCCAAGCAUUGUGGCGGCAGCGGAGGCGGCAGCAACAGCAGCAGUAACAGACUGCAGCAUGACAACCGUCGGCAGAUCUACAACAUCCCAGGGUUAAACAUUGCCUAUCUGAACCCAGCGGCUGUCGGAGCCCAUAAGAGCUCCAGCUUAGCAGACCGGCAGAGAGAGUACCUGUUGGACAUGAUCCCGCCUCGAUCCAUAUCGCAGUCGAUCACUGGACAGAAAUGAGCCCUGUCCAGCUCUUGCCCCUUGAAGCCACCUUCAUCUUCAUACCUAAACCAUACCGAAGCACUCCUAAAUCAGUCGAUACCCUCUCCUCUUCACCUCUCAUCGCAUGCAGUGCCUGUCCAUGUGCCUACCUUAAACUGACCCAUAAAAACCCCACCAAGUUGGACAAGGACUCUAAACGACCAGUGCAUUUGACAUGCUCUUAAUAUAGUAAAAUCCUUCUUCUUCAGUCUAUUUAAGAAUUAUAAUUCCCCUUAUUAUAA